AUGUGUAUAAGAACACGGUUGGUAGUUUUCCUGUUAGUGCCAUCCAUUGGCUUUUCGGCUGCGUUCGAGAUAGACUUCCUGGGUGUGACUCCUUUGAAUGAACUCCAAGCUAACAGUACUCCACCAAUCCCACCUUAUCCUGGUUUACGUGGAGAGUUCAGUUUACCAGAACCACCACCAGACUCAGUAGUUAUCUCUUGGAUGGAAAACCCGCCUUAUGUCAUGUUUGACGAAGAGCCAUUAGAAAAGAGCGAAAAUAUAACUAGCUAUAACUCGUCACAGCCAGGAGAAGCAAUGAACGCAACGAACGAUAACAGUGGCAUUAACCAAGAAAGUAAACAGGAAAACAAAGACGAAGAUGGCAAUCCGACUGGAUUCAGAGUGACAGGCAUCUUUCAGGAAAUUGUGUCGAAGGGACUUCAGAUUUGCGUUGGAAUACCCCUUACUAAAAUCAACUUCACGAAAAAAGCUAGUAAUCUACAACAGCUUGAUAAAACCAUUGUGAAAAAAGAAGCUGAUCUGGCGCUACCCGUGCAAGGAAGCGGAGAUGGUUCUUACGGAGGGCAUACGUAUGUGGAGGUCUUGAAAUCGCCAGGUGUUGUUUUCAUAGUGGAUAAACAGCAAACAUUAAAACAUCUACGAAAGCGCGUCUUACAAGCCAUGAAAGAUACCUGGCCUGUUAUUAUUUUAACCGUACUUUUGGCAGGAUUUGCUGGGAUUUUAAUCUGGGGACUGGUAAGUGUGCAUAAUUUUGAUAACUGAAAAAAUGAUCCAGACAGAUUUUAUUUACUUCAGUAAACGGAAGGUAAAUAUGUUAAUUUAUGGUGGUAAUAUGGAGAGAAAAGCCCCUUUGGAGUCUUUUAUCUUGUAUUGUAAUCGUGGAUGGAGGACUUGUCAAAAUCGGUUAUUCUAUAGAUUAGGUAUUAAAUUUGCAAAUCAUGAAUGGUUGGGGAAACAAAUUUGACGAGAGACGUGAGGCAGAUCUCUUUAGUACCUUAGCCGAUUGUAAAACUGUUUUUCACAACAGUAUUUUUUGUCAUAAUCAUGGUUUAUGUUGCAGAGACGAAAAUCUAAAGCGACAGAAAUUAAAAAGAAGUCAUUUUAAGAGAUGAAACCAAUUAUUCUGGAUUUAGCCGAAGCUUUCAGUUCGCCGACUUCCGCAUCUAAGGAUUAGGAAUUUAAAUCGAUUAUCGUGGCCCUGAAAGAGGUACCUUUAAAAUUUAAAUUGACAAGUAUUACCGGUUAAAGAAGUUAAAGACUGGUUUCCUAGAGUAAGCUUUAGAUUUAGCCACCAAUAUCGGGGCAUCCUUAAAAGGAUAAUUUGAAAAAAGAAACCAAUAAAACGCGUUGUUUACAGUGAGCUAACUGAGCUAAGGGGUGAACGGCUUCAACCAAGUUAAGAGUUCCUUUUUUAAGCCCUUUCGUAUUGACAUCUUGAGAGAAAUGCGCAGAAACUGAGAAUCGUGAUUCUAAGUUAAGCUAAAAUAUUGCUUUUUGCACCGAACUGAAUACUGAUACGAAACCAAUAUCGUUCUCCGCUAUUUAUACUUAACGACUGGGUCACAAACGUUUUUCAAGCGUAUGAAAACGAACACUGUCGACUAGUCGGCGCCGCUUGGUUCGUUUAAGUUUAGGUGCGUUUAAAAACGCAUAUUUUCCAUUGCACCUGUUAAAUCAAUACUAGAAUAAAACCUGAAAACUUAUAUGCGCUGAAAAAAACGAUUAUAUUGUUUCCUUAAUUUCAGCUAGUACUUAAGAGCACGUUUUGUUCAUCUGGGAAUCGUAAUGUUUAAACUUAUCCAACGACCUUUUUAAACAACAAUUUUGCAAUGGUGCUUCCUCCCUCUCUCUCUCUUUUUUUUAUUUACAAUAUUUCUUUUUAUUCUCUUCCCCCAGUCUUCAAUAUUUCCCAAAUGCAUCGCCUUCAGACUGAUAUUGCUCCUACCCUUUCGUUACUAAUAUAAAUACUGUCCGAUGCUCGAGGAACGCAUGUUAGCUCGAAAGCCAAAACAAGCCAACUGCUACAAUCUUUAAAAAACAAGGGAACCGGAAGAGCGUGUCAACAGCGUGUCCUUGACGUGAAAAUGGGGAAUUUUACUUCUCUGGUUUUUGGUACGAAUCACGGAAUGGGAGCUGAAUGUUAGUUAUUUCGAUUCUGAAAAACCUAGCUGACAAGCUAUCACGAAAGGAUGGGGAACCUUACGUUUCAGUAAUGACAUGGUUAAGAACACUCUUGUCUUUUCCAAGUUCCUUUCACUGUUUUUCGCGUAAAUUAAGAACUCUUUAAAGAUGAAGUUGUAUUUUAAUGCAAUACAGUAGAACCCCGGUAACUCGAACUCUAAAGGGACACGAAAAACGGUACUAGUUCGAGUUGUUUUAGCGCGGGAUCGAGUCAUCGGGGUCGACUGAAUCUUCGAUUUACCAUGUUUUAUAGUUUACUUGUAUUUCAGCACAUCAAUAUACAGCAGAGUGCAAAUUAAGUGACUCCUCAGAAAUUUUAUAACACGUUUAGGCAUUUUUAUGAUAAUACAUGGAAAUGGAUGACUGCAAAUGCGUGAUCUGUUCGUUGCACUAAUUAGUCUCGCUUGCGUAGGCAGCGAGACUCAUAAUCUGCAAUGCGUUUUUCGCCCCGGGGGGUACCUCCCUUAUAUGGGCUAUAUGGGUAUGGCCGGCGCCAAAGGGUAUGGUUUUUAGCCGUUUUGGUCUGAAAUAAAGUAUCAAUUUCGACCAUUUUGGUCUGAAAUAGGAUAUGGUUUUUGCACUCUAGUCUUGAAUUGGGUAUGUUUUCUUUUAGAAGAAGCUACUUCUUCGCCAACCGCGUACGUGCCGUAACAGCUUGUCUCGCGUUCCGGUCACGCGCCGGGCUCCAGGGCUUCAGGUCUGAAAUAGAGUAACAAAUUUUUGAUCAGGUCUGAAAUAGGGUAGUGAAAAUCACAGAUUUUGUUCUGAAAUAGGGUAAGAGUUUCGGGAAGCGUGCCGCACGCCCCCACCCAAUUUUUCUUGAAGUACCCCCCCGAGGGUUUAGUCGUAUUUUAUCCACAAAUAGGGGGUCAUUGUGCCAGGCGUUCCGUGCGGAGACCUUGGAGGCUGGGACUCAGAAUCGUUGCGUGAUCGAAGCCACGCAUGUUUAGGAAAGAUCACUUGAAAGCGUUGAUUACUUUGGAACAAGUGAACACUACUGAGUAGUCGGAAAAAAAUUCUUAAUUGGCAAAACUGCGAUGGUCGGGUGUUGUAAACUUUCAUUGUAUGCAAAUGGUCUUGUGAUGAGCAUACGGUUUAUUUUCGUCGAUGAUUAAAAUGACGUUGCAUGUAAAUUACUUUUUUGAUCUCUGGCAAUGAUGUAAUUUCUCUGGAAUCGAGGCUCUUGAAUUUUCGUGUAUUUAUACACGCGUAUAGCCUGCGACCGCAGACGUAUUUCCGGUCGUCGCUAACUCGCGAAUUAAAUCCGUUCGGAGACAAAUAAAAAGUAUCGAUGUCGAUAAAGUAGGAAGUAAAAAACCUUUAGCGAGUAAAUCCUGUUUCGUGUACAAUUAAUCGCCUCCUCAUUUCUCGAUCUAAUCUCCAAACAAGUGAGACGGAAUGCCGCUGUAAGCGCGUUCUUGUUUAAAACAAAUUGUGUAGGGUUAGUUUUGGGUGUUUUAUGAUUGCAUGGCAAGAAGCGCUGUAGAGAUGGCAGUCGUGCUGAGUUGCAAGAACCAGAAUUCGAGUUAUUGGGGUAAAUCUCAGUGAAAUUUUGAUGAAGGGAAACGAAAUUUAGUUCGAUUUAGCGAGGAAUUCGAGUUAUUCGAGUAGAAGUGACCGAAAGGUAGGGACAAAUCCAAGGGAAAUGGAACUUAGUUCGAUUUAGCGGGGAGUUCGAAUUAUCCGAAUUCGUGUUACCGGGGUCCUACUGUAGUUAGGAAGCAAACUAAAAAAUUGUAAUUUCUUCCAAAUUUUACACUGUGAAAAGCUUGAUUCAUUGGAAAAAUAUUUAAUUUGACAUUUUCUGUAAAUAAAGGGUUCGUUAAAUUUUUUCAUAUUAUUUACUUUAACUUACAGGAUACAUCUAAAAAUCCUGAUCACUUUCCAGGCUCUUUCACACGAGGCGUGAUGGAGGGAAUUUGGUGGUCUUUCGUGAGCAUGACAACAGUUGGGUAAGAAUAGUUAAGUUAAUAGUUAAGCACGAUGCCUGGCCUCAUCUAAGUCGUGUAAUUUCUCGACUAUCGCCAUAAUAAAUGACCAACUGCUUAUGUGUUAUAUAAAUCCAGAUCCAGCUUACUGGAACGUAAUUGCACCUUUAGGUAUGUCCAAACUCAACAUGCUUAAAAUUCGUUUAUUCAAAGUACUACCACGGAUAGUCCGUUGUUUACUUCCGAUAGUCAGAAAUAAUAACUGAACGAAGCGGAACGAAAUACGAAAGGGUAAAGGGAAAAUCGCCACUAAAAAUAAAAAGCUAUAUAAAAGUAAUGCUUUUAGCUCUUUUGUGAAGUAUGUUUUUGUAUGAAUUUGGACAGUCCAGGGACAGUCCAUUUUACCCAUAAUGGUAUUUUUUGAGUUUUUAGUUACGUUAUAGGUCCAAUUUUUAUGACGCGUUUGGAAAUUUUUAUCAAAACCUGUAUUAUGUAAGCAAUACUUAACGUUUGAUCUAAGGUGGAUUUCCAAUGGUAAGUAGUUUUAAAGUAGCGGUACGCGCGUAAAAUUUACGUGCGCAAAUAUAAGAGAGGCGAUCUUUGAAAGGGCGCACGUAAACGUAAAAGUUAAGCAACGUUCAACUUUUACGUUUACGCGCGACCCUCCAUACAUGACCUCUAUUUCAUGUACCCAGUAAUAUUAACGAGCGUACGCACGUAAAAACUUCGCGACAGUAGUGGAAUUUCACCUUAUGGGAGUUCCUCUCUGGAUACAGGUAUGGUGAUAGGACUCCAAAGUCACCGCCCGCACGGUUGUUUGGCAUCCUGUGGAUUCUUACCGGCCUUAUUCUUUGCUCGUUUUUCACCGCCACUUUCACAAGUGCUUUGACGUCAUCAUCCAUGCUACAUCGUAAUUCUCUGCUGGGAGUGAAGGUCAGCAUCAUCAUCCCUAGUCCUUUUUUGCUGGCGGGAUUAGAGACCUUUAGACUCUAAGACGAGGACGACUACGAGUACGAGAUUUACUCAAUAUACGGUUCUAAUUUGCGCGUGAACCAGCGUCAUUUUGGCGGGAAAACGUGAUACAGGCGUCAUCAUUCUACUACGAGUUUUAGCGAGAAUGUCGGAGUGGCGAAUACAAGUUGACAAAUUUUAGAAGUUUUAUCAUUUUGCGAUCAGGAGAGGGUUUGACCUCCACAAUAAAAGAUAACAGCUGUCCUAACUUUUCUGCUGAAAAAAAAAAUGAAAUAAAGCUUUCCGGGGUGUCUAUUUUUUGACAAUGCGCGAAAAAAAACUUUAAAUCAAAUGUCGUACUCGUAGUUAUUCUCGUCCUCGAACCUGAAGGUCUCUGUUGUUAUGCGCGUUCACAAUUUCAUUGGCUCCCAAUCUUCUAGCGGCUCUACCGCCGAAUAAACCGACAACACUUGCCUGCUAAAACCGCGAGCUAGGCAGGCUACAUCAUCACCAUCAGUAAGAAAGCGCGCGCACUCAAAACGCCGCAACAAUAGUUAAAUUAAAUAUGAAAAAAAUAUCUGCAGUCAUGAAAUAUAAUUAGACAAAUUUCCAAAAGGCUGAAUCUUGAAACAUCAAAGUAUUUAACAGGAAUCGCUUCGCAAGAUGCAUUAAUUCAAGGCAAUUAAUUUUUCUUUUUUUCUUUCAUUCAACGAACUGUAUAACGCUCAAAGCCUUAAGGCAGUGAAUUUUUCAGAAUGUAUUUUCAUUCUUGGUAUUUACAUUUAACCCUAUUCAGACCGUGCUUUUUUUCGCUUCCUGCGACCUGGGGGAGGGGGGGGGGGCUCCAGAGGAUCCCCCUCUAUAACGUCUGAAAACUGCUCGUGCUAUGCCCACCAAAAUUACACAGAACAAUGUACUCAUCAUUGCCAACGUUUGGGGAUAACUUGAUUCUUAUUGAAUUUAUAGGCAGAAUCCAAAUUUCCCUCGAAGUACACAUACAGCCGGAAAAAUGCUUAAACAGUAGGGUGUUAAAGAAAGUCAAGAAGUUGGCUAAAAUAUAAAUAACGUUCAACAAAAGCAGUUAUGUCAUGGUGACGUCAUUUAUACCAAAAAAAGGAACUGGAGGCAUCCGCCAUCUUGGAUCCGCCAUUUCCAAUUAACAUUUAAAUGUAUUCCAUUUUGCUUAAAACCCAUAUAGAUCGAGGAAUGUUUAGGAGAAAACUUGAUCUGAGUAUUAAAGGAUGCCUAGGAAGCAAAAAAAAUUACAAAAUGUGCAAUUCCGAGAGAACUAAGCACUGUUGAAAAUUAAACUUACCAUCAAACUAGUCACAAAAAGCCUGGAUUUCCUCAACAGUGACAAUAACUUUGAUAAAAUAAUGCUAAUUUAAGUGUAAUAUAAUAAUUGCAUUGGGAAAAUUAGAUUUAAAACCUAUUUUUAAGAAAAAAAGCUGCAAAUUUUGAAAAAAACGUGGAUGCCAAAACUUGCUUGCCAUUGUAACGUCACAACUACUUUAAAAUGUUCCCAAGGUAAUUUUGGAAAAGGUCGAUAAGUUUUGUGGUCACUGCUUGAACGAUUUUGAAGUUAUUCAACUUUUUUUUGCGACCCCUCCUCCCGGUCUGAAUAGGGUUAACUGUUGCCUCCAAAGAAAAUAUUGGAAAGGUUCUUAACAUUAUAAAUGCCAACAAAGCAACAAAUAAAUUUAUUGGCGUGGCGUGCGUAGAUCCUUAAUAGAAACCUCUCACAGGGAGUAAUUUGUCCUAUUAUGUCUUUGAAACCUCUUUUAAAAUAUCCCUCAUCAUCAAGUAAUGUUAAUCAUCGGUAAUCAUUCUCUCUUGUCAUCUUGGAAACUAUCGAAUGCACAUCCACUAUUGUGCUCUAUAUCUCACAAGGCUUCCUUGAGUUCAGUAAUGUUAAGAUACUCAGCUAACUUUUGAAGUUCACCCAGGUUGCAGUAUUGGAAGACAGUCAUGCAUACGAGGAGGCUUUAAAGCAGGCUGCCAACGUCAAAGGUAAAAGUCGUUAACCCUUUUCAGACUGGGUGGUCUUUUAGGUCUUUUGAGUCCCCUUCUCCCUUCCCCACCCUCCCCCGACUAAAAUGUUAAAUAGCUUUCAAAACUGUGCAAGCUAUGACCGCCAAACUUAUCGACUUUAUCCAAAAUUUAUCUGGGAAUAUUGUGACGUGUACGUCAUCAUUGACAUUACCAUGGAUUCGAGUUUUGACAGCCAUAUCUUUCAAAAUUCUGCUUUUGUUCUGCCAAAAGUUUCACUUCAGUCUAUUUAUUGUAUUACACUUAGCUUUACGUCAUUUUAACAAAUUUAUUAUAACUAUUAAUAAAUGUAAUCCAGGAUUUAUAAUGAACUGAUUUGAAAAAAACGUGAAUUCAAAAAGACCAAAUUGCAGAUGCUCGCAGAUGCUAAGUUCACUGAAUUUUCAACAGUGUUCUACAAAUUUCAUGACUUACAGAUUUUUUGCUUCCUAAGCAUCUUUUUAUACACAGGUCAGAGUUUCUCCGACGGCUAUCUCGAUUCAUACGAGUUUUAAGUAAAACUGGAAUAAAUUAAAUUGAGUCAAAAUGGCGGGAAUCCACGAGAUGGCGGGUGGUUGUGGAUGGUUCCAGUUCCUUUUUUUUUUACCAAUAAAUGACGUCAUCAUGGCAUCACUGCUAUUGUUAAGAUUGUAGAUCAGUGUUAACCAACUUUUCGAUCUUAUGAAACAUCUUACUACUUAAGUAUUUUUCGCUGUACGGCUACUUCGAGGGAAAAUUAAAUCCUGGCAAUAAAUUCAAAAAUAUGACAACAUAGUGACGACAAAUUUAGUCAUUGCGUCAAUCAAGCUUUGCCCAGACGUUGGAAAUAAUGAGUAAGUUAUUCAGUGUAAUUUUGGUGGCCGUAGAAUGAGCGGUUUGAAGUUAUAGGCGGGGGACAUCAGAAGCUCCCCGGGGGUCGCAGGUAGCAAAAAAAGCCAUACCUAUCCGUGUAUACAUUAGAAAAAAUAAUUUACUUCAAAAUGAGAAUUAAACAACACUUGUAGUUUAUUACGUUUAUCGUCAGAUAAUCAAAUCUUACCCUUUAAAAUGGCCAGUUAAGAUAUUGGAAAAGAAUUCUAAAAACAUUUUUGCAAGAUUCUAAGACAUCUAUAAUUCUACGCAAAAGUUCUGCCCCUCGCAGGUUUCAUUAGAUGGUAGAAGCCAAGGAUUUUGUCGCCGAAAUUGGGAUAAAAACAUCUACAUAUCAGACUAUAUUCAAAUUAAAGGGGGUAAUCUACUGGGCUACUAGACAAAAGUCCUCCAGGUUGCUUAAAUCGCCUGACCAAGUAAACGGAACUUAAAUUAAAUUCAAGAAGGGUGUCAACUACCAAUACGCCCUUUGCAGCUAGCCAUUCACGUGGUACAAAACCGUCAUGCUGGAAAGCAAAAGCCUUCCUUACUGGGACGAGACAAGCAAAGGAAAUUACCAAUUAAAAUUAUGUAUGCCUUUUGUUUGUCUUGUCCCAGUGCGACUUUUGCUCUCCAACACGGCGGUUUUGUACCACGUGAAUGGCUACCUGCAUACACUUGCACCAUAGCAAACCAUAUUUACUCGAAAGAGCGCUUUCCAACGUAGAGGGAUUAACAGCACAUUUCUAGUAUUUAAUUUGGAAUGCAACCUGACUCAUGAACGCUUAGUUAUUUCCUAUGCUGCAGAUUAUACCAGCUUUCACGAAAUGUACGAUGCACUCGUGGUAAAAGAAGAGGUAGAGGGAAUCUUGGCGGACAUCUACACAGCUUCUUACUACAUGGACAAAGUGGGAGACUCUCGGUUAGCAGUCACCAUGUUUUUUACUUCUCAGCGCUCAAUCGGAUUUGCAUUUGGAAGACAAGAUUUUAAGUCUCAUUCUGCGUGUCUUAGGGAUUUGUUUAAAUAUCGACAGCGAGACAUUAAAAAAAUUAUCCUUCGACACACGCAAGCAUUACAUGUAAGUCACGUUUAAUUAGCAUUCAGUCAAAUCAGUGGGCUAAUAUCAUGGUAUUUAUAAGCAAGGAGGAGUUAUUUCGUCAACUAUGCUACUUAACAGAGUUUUAAAAGCUAGAACAAAAAGCAAGUUCCGGUCUUUGAUGAUUCCUGAUUUGAAAUGUCAUGGAAAAAUUUGUCGAUUAAAAUCUUGAUAAGAUCAGAGAGUUUUAGGCAUUCACAUAUUCAGGUUCAGUCUUUGCGUCUAAAGUCAGAUAAGGCUAUCAAUGGAUAUUAAUUUCCUCGUGUUUCGAUUGGCUCCCUCAAAGUCAGUACGAAAAAUAUGUAUAUACAAGCGAUGAUUUGAUUUGGAUAGCUUGACGUAAUGCCACCUAUUACGUCAUAUGUCUUAGCCUUAGAGACAGGCUGCUGGGCUCCUGUACUCUGUGAUUAACUUUUGCCAAAAUGCGUCUAAGGAAGUAAUAAUAAUAUUAAUAUUAAUGAUAAUAAUCUGCAGCAGGGAUAAUCGGCUCCUGUAUGAUGCCACUAGUGGCUUGAGGUGGUUUUGAAAAAUCUGAGGGGAACUUUUUGGACCACCGGGUCACUCCCUUUAUCUGCUAAACUGACAUAGUUUUGUGUUCGUGAAGUUUAAGGUAAAGAGUGGCAAAAUAGAAUGCCUGGAGCGAUGCUCAGUAGAAAAGAAAAGAUUGAGGAGACACACUCACAUGCUGCAUUCACUGGAUUCGUUCAAAAUAUGCGGUUUCGAAACUUCAAGAAGUACUAGCAGUCUUCAGGUUUAAGAGAAAGAAAUUAAGCAGACUUCCUUUGUUUUCAUUUCAACCUCUCUUUAGACCGAAACCAAGAGCCGUCAGAUAUCAGAUAAAGAUACAGACAGUGUUGUGACGUUACUGGAUGGAAAAUCGCCUGGAUUUUGGACUGCGCUUCACGCAAUGAUGACAACCUUCGUCACGCUGUUGACAGCAGGUUUCGUUUACGAGACGUGUGCUGCAAAGCGCAGGAAAAAGAGGCUAACAAUUAAGUGUAGUAGGUUUCAUCAAACCAGCUCCCAGGCCCUCUCUUCUUUAGAGGCAAACAUUCAUUCCUCAGAGGCAAACAUUCAGUCACGUGACAACUUAUGA